UUUAAUAAGGAUAGUGAGAAGUUAUGGUCUGGUUGAAAACGAUAAAAAAAAGGAAAUGGGAAAUUUUGUCGUCGUAUCUGGACAAUGGAUUGACAAGAUCGGUCGGGAGCAGAGACUCAGCUCAGAGAGUCAGUCACCACUGGUCUCGGGCCUUGUCAGUCGCCACAGAUCAGUUUUCACUGCUCACUUCAGUGCUCGUCGACGAUAGCCUAAUCUCUCGAAACUCCGCGUCGAGACGGGUGCGCCGCCAUGUUUUCAGUUUGAGUCUCGCCCCGGCCCGUUCGCGUCUCUCGCCCGUCCUUACUCCUCGAAAGUUUUCGACGACAAAUGACAAAUCGGCCGACAUCUCGAUAGAAGAAUGGUCCAUCCAAUUUUAAUAAGGACGAAAUUGAAGGAGCUCGUAGAUUUCGGCCCGGCUAGAUGAAGAAAUACGUGAGAAAAUGAAUUUGAUAUGAGUGAAACACAUUCUGGCUUGGUCAAGCCACUUCUUCAAAAGCCCCCAACAGUAGGAGCUCAAUUGCUCCCCUUGGUUCCUGCCCCAACCACCCAACAGGGUGCACCAGCGAUGACACGGUUGGGGACAGUGAACCAAGGGGGGUGGAUUCCGGUGAGAUCGGCGUCAAACAACGGAGGAGGAGACUCGUCCAUGAUGUCAGCGCUGCUGAAUCAGGCCAACUCCCACCCAAAUUUGACUAACACGCUAACCUCGCCCAACUCUAGAAAGCGCAAAACGACCACAGAUGACCUGGUCGCAUUGCGCAGAAAGGUGGCUGAAAAUCACAGUUUACAGUUGAAGAGGCUGCAGAGCCGCUAUGCCGAAAACUCAGCUUUGUUGUGUUUCCUUCAAGGCAAUUUCAGUAUCAAUGAAUAUGCCAUUUGGAGGCAGAGACUUCCACCGGGGCAGUUAAUAAAUUUCCUUAAAUUGAAUAAGUUAAACCCUUCUGACGAAAAUGAAGAUUUGUUCGAAAUUUUACAAUCACAAAUAAAAUCCUCAAAUCAGCUUUCUCAUUCCCCUCCCAAGGCUAAUCAACUAGAUCAAAAGUUUAUUUUGCCUGAUAAAAGUUCAAGUUCUACUGCAAUUUCUAAAACUUCAACUCCUACAAAGAGCACUAGUCAUGGAAGCCUGCCUGAAAAUUCAAUUUCAAGUCAGGAGCAAAUUGUUGAGCGCGCCAAACAGGAGGCGUACGUUAUGCAGAGGAUAGGCGAAUUGCAAAAGGACGGUCUGUGGGCUGAGAAACGGUUGCCAAAAGUGCACGAACUCUCAAGGACAAAAGCCCAUUGGGAUUAUCUUAUCGAGGAGAUGACUUGGCUCGCUGCUGAUUUCGCACAAGAAAGAAAAUGGAAAAAAGCAGCUGCAAAAAAGUGUGCAAAAAUGGUGCAGAAAUAUUUCCAAGAGAAAGAGGUUCUUGCCCAAAAGGCUGUAAAAGCUCAGGAAAUGCAGUUGAAGAGAAUAGCUAGUUUUAUAGCUAAGGAAAUUAAAACGUUUUGGGGAAAUGUGGAAAAGUUAGUGGAAUUUAAAACCCAAACAAGGCUUGAGGAGAAAAGGAAAAAAGCACUGGAUCAACAUCUCAGUUUCAUCGUUGACCAAACUGAGAAAUAUUCCAGUUUGGUAGCUGAAUCUAUGAACACUUCUAGGCCAACGUCACCAAAGCAUCAUUCAGACAUGGAAUUUGAGCCUGAAGGGUCUUCUGAUGAUGAUGAAGAGACCAUCGCUAAAGAAGAAGCUCUGUCGGCCAUUGACAAAGAAUCUGCAAUAGAAGAGAUUGAUGCUUUGAAACGUGAGAGCGAACUUCCUCUUGAAGAUCUUCUUUCUGAUUAUUUAUCAAAGCGUGACUCCCUUGGUUCACCGACUUCAUCUAAGUACGAUGAUGAAGAAGAUGAUGAAGAUGAGAAAGACAUAAAAUCAUUGUCUGACAAUGAUUUUAGGGCCUCUGAUAAAGACUCAAGUGAUGAUGAAGAGACUAUUCAAGAAGAAGAAAAACUGGAGGGAAAGGUCAACUAUAAACAGGAAAUCGACGAGCUCAAGGCUGAGGGUGAUAUGAGCUUGGAAGAGUUAAAGGCAAAGUAUGGAGUCCAGGAAGACAAAAUGAACAGCUCACAAGAUGAAAAGAUGGAUCUAGAUGAAGAUUCAGAUGAUAUGGAUGAGGAUGAAAAUGAAUCUGAAGAGGUUGAUAUCGAAGACGACGAAGAUAUUGAGGAGGACCUGAGUGGAGAUAGUGAGCUGGAAGAAGAAUCAGGUCUGAAAUCUCUUCUGAACGAUGGUGUAAAUAUUGAUCAGAAAUCAUCCACUGAUAAGGACAAGGAAAUUAAUGAUGUUGCUGCAAUUGCUGAGAGUCUUCAGCCUAAAGGAAAUACUUUAUCUUCAACUAGCGUUGUCACGAGGAUUCCAUUUUUAUUAAAACACCCACUUCGUGAGUAUCAACACAUAGGUCUGGAUUGGCUGGUAACCAUGUACGAACGUAAAUUAAACGGGAUCCUUGCUGAUGAAAUGGGCUUAGGAAAGACCAUACAGACCAUAGCGCUAAUUGCCCACUUGGCAUGCGAAAAAGGCAAUUGGGGUCCUCAUUUAAUAGUUGUACCUACGUCUGUCAUGCUCAACUGGGAAAUGGAAUUCAAAAAGUGGUGCCCUGCUUUUAAAAUCCUCACAUAUUACGGUUCACAAAAAGAGAGAAAAUUAAAAAGAUCUGGCUGGACGAAAACAAAUGCUUUUCAUAUUUGUAUUACUUCUUAUAAACUAGUCAUUCAAGACCAUCAGAGUUUUAGAAGAAAAAAAUGGAAAUACCUGAUUUUAGAUGAGGCUCAGAAUAUCAAAAAUUUCAAAUCACAGCGGUGGCAGCUUCUUCUCAAUUUUCAAACGCAGAGGCGGUUACUCCUCACAGGAACACCCCUUCAGAACAACCUUAUGGAAUUGUGGUCGUUGAUGCACUUCCUCAUGCCGAAUGUCUUCGAGUCGCACCGAGAGUUCAAAGAAUGGUUUUCAAAUCCUGUAACCGGUAUGAUAGAAGGAAAUGCUGAAUAUAAUGAGAAUAUAAUAAAACGAUUACACAAGGUUCUAAGGCCAUUCUUGCUUCGAAGGUUGAAAUCUGAAGUUGAAACCCAAAUGCCAAAGAAAUAUGAGCACAUUGUAAUGUGCAGAUUGUCAAACAGACAGCGUUAUCUGUAUGAUGACUUCAUGUCUAGAGCAAAGACAAAAGAAACGCUGGCAUCAGGAAACUUACUGAGCGUCAUAAAUGUUCUUAUGCAACUGAGAAAAGUUUGCAACCAUCCAAAUCUUUUUGAAGUUCGUCCUACCAUUUCUCCAUUUCAAAUGGAGGGAUUGAAUGUCCCAAUACCUUCUCUUGUAUGGGGAGCUCUAGAUUACCGGCCUACAAAGGAUGUAGAUCUGUCUGCUUUAAAUCUGCGAUUGAUUGAUUAUGAACUCUGGCUACUUGCUUUUAUCGCUCACAGGUCUAGGAAGUUCAAAACCCGUUCAGAACUCAUUCAGGGGAUUGAUGAAGCGCCUCCAGAUCCUCCACCCUGUCCAAAGGGUAGAGUUAAAAUUCAAAUAAAGAGAAAGCCAUACCCUCCUCCCACUAUAGUAGCAGCAGCCACAGCACAAACGCAAAACAAAACCACUUUUGUACAAGUGGCUUCGACAGGCAAUAACCAUAGGUACAUAGCAUCUCUCCCAGCAACAAAAGUAGGAACUUCCCCGAUAAUCAAAUCAAUUGUGGGCUCAGGAAAUCAAGGUGUGACGUUAAGGUUUGCUAAUCCAACAAGUCAGCAGCCACAGUACGUCCAAUUACUUCAGCAGCCUGGAGGAGGUGUAAAAGCAAUUUCAGUUGCUUCCUUAACAAGUACUGGCCAGGUUGUGAAAACGACUGACGGUACAACUGGUACAAUGGCGAGAAUUGUACCUCAGUUCACUUGCAUAAAUACAGCGGGUGGAAGACAGCUUUUACUUUCGUCACCUCAGGUCAUACCUUCACAAGCAGGAGGGACAACAGUUAUGACGGCAAGCGGUCAGAGGCUGACUGUGCUUUCGAAACAAGGCACCAAUAUUGCUAAAUUAGUAAGCCCGACAGUAACACAAAUAAACAGUGCAAGGCCUAUCAUGAGGGUUCCUCCUUUGAACAUCACUACUGCCACUACUACAACUGUUCAAAAUUGUAUAACUAUAGCGUCCAACAAUGUAACUGCAACGUCAACAGUGGAUGCAACAGUGUCUGCUGUACAGACGUCGACCUUAAAUUCUAUCACCCCAACCACAGUUAAAAAUAUGACUACUCGGAACAGCUCUAAAACAAAAGAAAUUGACGAACCACCAUCUUUGGGAUUAAAAGAUGAUAUACUCACUGAAAGGAGGAGAAGGAGAAGACAAGAAAAACUAACCCUUAUAAGCAGAGUUAAUGAGAUGAGGUGUAACGCUUUACCAAUAUACGGUGUGGAUUUAAUCGAAUCUUUGUCACUUCAAGACAAACUUACCAAAGAAACAAACUGGUUGUGCACUGGUUAUAUUCAUUGCAAACAAGCGAAAUCACCAGAUCCAAGUUUGUACUGGAAUAAGACAGAAGCUCUUCAAAACAUGAUAUAUAGCAUUGAAGAAAGGGUUGCUAACCUGUCUGAUAUAUUCAACCGUUUUGUCAUGUUUGUACCCGCUGCGAGUGCACCAAGGCCGUCUGCGCACGUCUCGCAUCCAGCGCCUUGGAAAUUGCACAGAGAACAACAAAUGGAGAUAGCACUCGAGGAACACUUAAAACCCAAACUCAGGCUGCUCCACCCGAUUGCAUCUGCUAUGUCCACACUUUUCCCUGAUCCACGGUUGAUACAGUACGAUUGUGGCAAACUUCAGUCUCUAGAUCAUUUGCUUAGGAAAUUAAAAUCAGAACAUCACAGAGUAUUAAUUUUCACUCAAAUGACCAGGAUGCUGGAUGUUCUUGAAGCAUUUUUGAAUUUCCAUGGGCAUAUCUACCUUCGCCUUGAUGGCACAACAAAAGUGGAUCAACGACAGGUUUUAAUGGAGAGAUUUAAUGCUGACAAAAGAAUAUUUUGCUUUAUUCUUUCAACUCGUUCGGGAGGAGUAGGUAUCAAUCUCACAGGUGCUGAUACUGUCAUAUUUUAUGAUAGCGAUUGGAAUCCGACAAUGGAUGCCCAAGCUCAAGACAGAUGCCACAGAAUUGGACAGACGAGGGAUGUUCACAUAUACCGGUUGGUUAGUGAAAAGACUGUUGAAGAAAAUAUACUAAAAAAAGCGAAUCAGAAAAGAAUGCUGGGCGAUUUGGCAAUUGAAGGAGGAAAUUUCACAACAGCUUAUUUUAAGAGUUCAACAAUUCAAGAUCUGUUUAAUGUUGACACAACAGAAAAUGAUGCUUCACGGCGCAUGGCUGAUGUUCUGCAGAAAGAAAGUGAAAAAAAAUUGACAGCUUUAGAGCCCGCUUCUGUGACCAACCCAGAAGACAAGACUGCCCUAGGAGCUCUUGAAAGUGCAUUGGCACAAGCUGAAGAUGAUACAGAUGUUGCAGCAGCAUCAGUAGCCAAAGCUGAAGCAGCGGAUGAACUGGCAGAAUUUGAUGAAACCAUUCCAUUGGAGCAGCCAGAAGGUCCAGAACUGAGUAAAGCAGAAAUGGAACUGAAUCUUCUCAUGCAACAAUUGUCCGGUGUCGAAAGGUACGCCAUGAAGUUUAUGGAAGAGACGGAAGCAGUCUGGUCGGCCGAACAGUUGGCAGCAGUUGAGGCAGAAAUUGAACAGCAGAAGCGUGAAUGGGAGCAGGGAAGAUUGGCGGCUUUUAACGAAGAAGAAUCUCAAAAGAAGAGACAAGCAGAGGCAGAAAUGGAGGACAUUAUAACUUACUCAUCCACGGAUGCUAGAAAUCAGCUUUGGAUUUCGGAUGAUGGAAAAGAUUUGAUGCCGAUGUGGUGCCCGCCCACGCCACCUCAAGACGAUAGCGAUGUUUACAUUGACCAAGCAUUGGGCCUGCUCUAUGAGCAAAAAGUAAUGACCGAAGAACAACUUCCACCUGUGUUUGUAAAGAAAGAAAAGAAACGAACCCGUAUUGAAGCAGGCCUCCCAGAAGGUGGAAGGGUACAAGUAAAGAUGCGACAAAGGGAGGAGACAUUGUUGCACGCACCCAGGUCUCUAUUUGACCGCCCGACCCCAGCUUUGAUCAAAAUGCGCCAGGAGCUUCGUCUUCAAAAGUGCAGAGGAUUAAUUAGACCUUCAAUCCAAAACUUGAUGAAGCCUCAGCUACCUGUGAAGCCCCUUCCUGAACCUGAUCAUGUCCCAGAGUGGGUCAUACAAGAGGACUGGACUAUUCUUCAAGCGAUACAAAACAUCCAAGAAUUAACUUUGAAUUUAGUCGUCCUCUCUCCUGGACAGACUCCUAAUUGGGAUUUGGUAGCAGAUAUUGUGAACCUCACGGCUAGAACGUACCGUUCCCCUAAACAAUGUAGAAACAGAUAUGAAUCUGUUGUGAUACCGAGAGAGGAGGGGAAGUUGGUUCUUGAUAGCCCUAAGAAACAGAAAAAGACGAAAACAUUGUACAAAAUACCACAGAUAAAAGCAGGAAGACCUUUAAGGACAUCACAGUUGUACCAGCAGGACAACAACACUUCGAUGACCCAAGUGAUGAAUACAAGAUUCGAUGCAAUUCGUGCUGUGUCAAACAAGAGAGCCCCUACAAUCAAACCACUCCUUGUAGACCCUACAAUGAAAAAUCCGAAGCAUGCAGAGAUAUUGGCUGAGAACGCUAUUGACUAUGAAAAGCCCAUGACACCGAUUGAAGUUGCAGCGAAGCGAGCUGAUAGAAUUGCUAAGGAAAAGCAAGCCUUUGUCAAACAAGGCAUGGCUGUUCCUGAGCAGCAGCUAGCAGUCUUGCGACUUAAGCAACAACUUCAAAGCAGCAGCCCAAAAACAACAGUUGCAACUACAACUGUGACGACUACAACGAUUACUGCUCAAACCACAACUUCACCACCCACAAGAACUAUUGCUGUUCAGGAGUUGACAACAACAGGCAGAGUGGUUGCAAGUUCACCCACCCAGAGUACUAUAGUCGCACAAAGAUCGCCUUCAACAAACAUUAUCUCUGCCCAAUCGUCCCCAACUGUGACUACUGUAAAAGGUUCGACGAAGACUAUCAGUGCAGCCCAGUUGCAGAUUUACCGACAGCAGCAACUGCAGUUUAGGCAGCAGAACCUUCGCGUGCUCCAAUCGAGAGGAGGUGGUACUGCUGGACAGAAGAUUUCCGUAGCAGUUCCUACAGGCACUACUACACAACGGAUGCCUCAAGUCAAAGCAGCAGGAGUCACAAGAACAGUGUCAGAAUCUGAAGUUGUCGCUCUUUUUAAAAGGCAACAAGCUGCAAAAGUUUCAACGGCCACUACGCUGACUUCAGCACAAAUCUUAGCACAAGCUAGUUUGCAGGCCCAACAGUCUGGCAGUACAGGAGUAGGACAAGUUACAACAUUGGUCAAAACUAUUCCUGCCUCUUCUAUACCAGUGGGUGGACUUACUCAGAUGAAAGCUCUUGGCACUAAUAUUAAACAAGGAACUGUGACUCCACAACAAAUCAAGUCUAUACAGCAGCAGCUAAUGGCACAACGAAAAUUAGCCCAACAGAAAGUCACACAAAUUGGACAGGUAACCUCUAAGGCUGGAACAACUGCUCAGCUCAUUGUUCAAUCACAAAAGACAGUCCCAACUACAAUGACAAUGCAGCAAUUCCAGCAAGCGAUCAAACAAGUUCAACCCCAGCAUGUUCAGGUAGCACAAGGAAGCUCACCCCAAGUGAUAUCACAUUCUGUGUUUACUAAAACGCAAGGUGGAUCUCCUGCUAGGGUGAUUCCUGUUGCCACAAGCUCCCAGCAGCCUAUCAAGCAUGCAAUUCAGGUAGUAAGCGGUAAUUCUAGCAGUCCAGGAAGGUCAGUGACAAUAGAUGCUUCAGGGAGGACAACUCAAACGGCUUUAGCAGGAGCUCUCAAGACAGGAUCGGCAUCUCAACAAGCCAUUCUAACUCAGGUGUCAGCAGCAGUAAUUCAACCGGGACAUCAGAUUACUAUGAGACAACCUGUACGAAUACAAGCAGCUACAGCACCACUUGUCGCAGUUGCCGUUUCCCAAGCACCCACAGUCUUGACGCUUCCACCCCAAGAUAACAACCAGUCGUAAAAAUACAGGAAAUGCUAGUUACCACCCUAAUGCUAAAGUAAAUGUCUCACUUUUCACUCUUGGAAAAAUUAGGUCGACAUAUUGAUUAAUUUUAUUAUUUAUUAGUUUAAAAAAACCUGAAGUACUUUUGAAUGUGUUUUCUUUACUGCAAUAGUUGUGGUUAUAUUUUUAUUUAAUCUUAAAAUGAUUUUACUUAAUUUAAAAAAAGAGAAACAGUUACAUUAUAAAAUUUAAAAUUGUAUAUACCUUUGUAUUAAAUGUAAACGCUCCCUUACUCUGUAAAUAAUAAUUUAUUUCUUUGCAAAGUCUAUCUGCAUAGAAAGUUCAGUUUGUUACAUUUUGUUUUAUUAAUAAUAAAUCAUGUCAGUAAAUUAUGUUUUAACUUGACAUUGUAAUGAAACAUUGAAAAUUGACUCUUGUUUUCUAAAUUGUAAAAUAACUUUCGUUACACAUUAUAAAGAUAAUAUUGUUUGUUGCUAGUCCAUAGCUGAUCGUACUUUGUGUACAACAGAUUUUGUAGAUAUUCUUUUUACAUUAUGUUAAAUGGAUCUUUUUUUGCAUGUAAAAAUUCUAAUUGAAUUUCAGUAUUACACUUUUUAGUUGUGCUUUAAAUAUAGAAACACUUUUAGUGAUGAGUUUUCACUUCAAUAAAAUGACAUGUUAUUUUGUACUAUGUAUUUGUACUUCUGCUUGAAAUAGUUUUCCUACAGGUCUUUCAUUUAUUAAUUUUUUAAAUUUGAGUUAGUAAUAUUAACAUUGCUAUAAACUAUUGAUAUGGUGAAAGAUUUUAAGUUGAAAGAAUAUGAAGAAAGUAAUUAUAAAUAUAAUUAAAUAGAUAGAAGGAAGCAAUAAUGAAAAUUUAUUUUUAUAACUAUUGAUUAAUAAAUUUUUCAGAAAUGUGUAUUAAUUUUCUUUAUCUUCUCAGACACAGAUUAGAUUUUUGCACAAUGUUUUUUCUUUAAUGUUCGUUGGAAGUUCUCCAGAUUUGGUAUCACAUGGACUAGAAAAUUAUACAAAUACUUGUAUAGAUGUUUGUAAGCUGGCUUACUUUUUUUUACAGUGAGCCAACUGUAAUUGAUGUAAAUACAUUUUUAUAUUGUUCACUUAUGUUAUAAGUAUAAAUAUGUAAUAUAAUUUUUCAUUUAAAUAUAUCACAAAUGCAGACCUUUAAUUUAAUCAAUUUAACUACCUAAUUGCUGUAUGAAUUGUAAUUAUUAGGAUGAAUAAUAGAUAAAAACUGUCUAAUGAAUACCUAUUCAAAAACAAAAGCAAAGUAAGCAAUGAAGAAAUAUAUAAAUGAAAACUAAAGAAAAAGAUCAAUAGAAAUCAACUGCCUGAAAAAGUUAGACUGUCACUACAGUACCACUUUUCCCAUACAUACACAUUUCGGACUGGAACAAAUCCUUAAACAUAUUAAUCAACAAGAUUUCUUUGUGUGUUUUUGUAAAAUAAAAUAUUCUUGAAUUAUAAUUAAUCUUUAUGUAA